AUGUAUUAGAUUGAUCUAAAUAAGAUUGUACCAGACCCUCAUAUUUGUGGAUUUGACAAGUCCCUCACAAUUGAUAAAUAAAGUUUUACCAUUCAAGUCAAUUCACCUAUGAUUGAAUCAAUCUAAUAAGAAAUUGGAAUUUUUGGAAUUGUAGGGUUCUACAGAUUUUAUGGCAAACUUAACCUACUUUAUAUCGCUGAAGCAAAUGAGGUUUGCAAAAUAAAUGGUCAAAUCGUCUAUGAAAUAAUUACGGUAUCAAAUAUUUUAUAGAAUCAAUUUUCUUCCAUGGAGUAACAAAGCAUUAAAAAUAUUGAAACCUAUUUUAGUAAAUGCACCUAUUUCUCACUAUAAUACGAUUUGACCAUCCCAUUGUCAUAAUAACAUCAACCUGAAUAAAGUGAAAGGAGUAUGAGAUUUUGGUGGAAUUUUCAUGGUUAUAAAACCUUUUUGGCCAAUUCAAUUCCAAAGUGUUGGUGCAUCAAAAUAAUACAAGGGUAUGUUGGGUUGGGGCUGUGUGAAAUCAAAACUUAAUAAAAACAGAAGCUGACCUACAUUUUAAUCUCACGAAGAGAGACUCUAAGAGGAGGCACUCGAUACAAUCAUAGAGGAUUGAAUGCGGAGGGAGCAGCUGCAAACACAGUGGAAACAGAACAAUUGGUUGAGUAUUAAGAGAAAUUGUAUUGCCAUCUGUAAAUCAGAGGGUCUGUUCCAGUGUUUUGGGAGUAGGUAGGUAUUCGUGCAAUAUCCUAAAUCACAUCAAAUACUGAAUAGACAAAAAUGGCUAUAACAAAGCAUCUGAUGAAUUUGAAGAAAUAUUUCGGAUCGCUUCUAUUGAUUGAUCUAAUGGCUGUUGACAAACCGAAUGAGGCAAUCAUCAGUUAAACUUAUAAAGAAAUGAUCAAUAUGCUCAAUCUACCUUAAAUCCAGCAUUAACAAAUUGAUUUUAAGCAAUAUUGCAAAAACUAUAAGUUUGAAAAACUCAAUCCUCUAAUUAUUCAGAAUAAAGAAAUUUUAAAUUCGUAAUCCUAUACCAAAUUUUAGAAUGGAAAGCUAUUGAAUAUCUAGAAUGGGGUAGUAAGAACAAAUUGCUUGGAUUGUUUGGAUAGAACUAACGUCUUUUAAACUAAAAUCGCCUUUUUCAUUACCAAUCUUAUAUUAAAUGAUCUAAGUAUCAAUAUACCGAAAGAAUUUAAAUGCGAAACCAUUUUAGAUUUGUCAGAUUAGGAGAAAGUGCAUGAUCUCAUUAAAUUGAUUAAGAUUCUAUGGGGGGAGAGUGGAGAUAACAUAUCUAGAAUCUAUGCCGGUACCAAUUCCUCAACGACCAAAAUCCAAAAGACAGGAGGGAGUAGUUGGACUGGGAUGAUCGAACAUGGCUUAAAAGGAUUUCAGAGAUUUUACAACUAGAAUGUCACAGACGAGGAGAAACAGGGUAUUUAUUCUUUCAUUGUCGGAGAGAAUCAGCAAUAAAAUAAGUAGUAUUUGGGGAUAGUGGAAUAAAUGCAAUAGCAAUCCCCCAUUAUUCACAAAAAUUUAUUGUUAAUGGUUAUCGGGUAUGAUGCUAGGGGUUAAACAAUUAAAGAUUUCUUUCAUUUAAUUGAUUCUAGAUAAAUACCAUAAUUCAUAAUAGUAAUGUUUCAGAACAUCGUGAAGCAAUGUUAGCCUUGCAAUUAUAUCAAAGAUUAGAUGCAAUCGACAAUUCGAUCUUAAUUAGGGCAAUAUGAAUGUGCUUUCUAUAGUUAGAAUGAAAAAUAAUACAGUUUCAUAUUCACGAAAUAAUGUCUUUAAAAUGCAGAUUUCAAAGAUUAUAUUCUAAAGUCGGAGGAUAGAGAAAUUGGAAUUGUGUAGAAUUUUAGUUAUUAGGAUCAACGGUUUUAAGUUGUCAACCUAAAUGUCAAUUGUUAGGAAUUAUUGAUGUAUGAAAAAAAGAUAAUUGAAGAGAUGAAAAAUAAGAAUGCCAAUGCCAACAUAUAGAUUCUCGGGGGGAUCUGCAAUUCCCAAAUAUUAAUCGAGGAAUCGAUUGAGGACUUUUGCAGUAAGAAUAAGAAGGACCCUAUUCCCUAGUUAUUUUUAAAAGAUUAGUUAUGCUAGUGUCUUUAGACAUCCUAGAUAUUGAAAAGCUACCAAGAACAAAACAUUAGUUUCCUGCCCAGAAAUGGUUCCAAAAGCUGGCCAAAUAGAAUCUUAUAUGGGCCAUAGGAUUCAUAGGUUGGCUUCAAUAUCUUAGCGUACGAGGAGUCAAUAAGCAAUGGUAUCAGAUUACUAAUGGCAAUUGAUUUUGAAAUACUUGGGUUGACUGGCGAGAAAAUCAUAAAUAAUGAGGAGGAUGAUGAUGAUAUGAGAUACUCAUAACAAUUCUACUAAGUUACAGACGAAAACGAUGAUUUCGAAAUAAUUACAUGA